CGGUGGAAGCGCGAGGUCUAUCCCGAGAACAAGUUCGAAUACAUCGACAUCGAGGAGUAUGUCGACGUCUCCUUCCUCAGUCAUCUGCGGUACAUGACCGUCUUCCUCUUCACCCUCAAGUCAGUCCUCACGAUGAUGGCCGAUAUUGGUAUCGUCACCAUUCUGAUCGUCAACAACGUCUUCCAGCAAGCCUUGGACAACUCGUGCCCGAGUGGCGCUGCCGGACUGAACAUCUGUGGUCCGCAACCCUCCUUCAUGAGCUUUAUUCAGAUCCGAUACCGUCCCUGGAUCAUCCUGGGAUGCGUGUGUCUGUCCUUUAUCCUCCUCGGCCUGGACUGGAGAAAGGCCAAUGCCAUCAUCAAGUCUGGCGACAUCUCCUUUUCCUUCACCAGCCCUAUUGCGUAUCGCUACUAUUGCCUGCGUUCGUAUGCGCACUACUGCUUUUUCCGGCAAGUCCAGAACUCAAAGAAAGUCGUCGAUGUGUUGGCGUUCUACUGCUUCUUUGCCUUCAAGGGAUGGAAGCGCCUCAUUCUCGCUGAAUUUCCCCGCCAAUUCCUCAACUUUGGUAACAUUGUUAACCUGAUCCAGAUCUACUCAAACGCCAUCGCGGCAAACAAUACCAUCAUCACAGGACAGCGCCAAGCUGGACCCGCGGGCUCCGCGAACCCACUCCCAAGCUCGCUCCAGACCGUCUCGUUCAUCCUUUCGUGCAUCACCGUCGGAAUUUGGAUUGUCGGAUUCCUGUCGCUGCUGCUUGCCAUCUUUGUCUAUAUCCCGCUCUACGGCGUCAUCCAAGGCAACCUGAAGGAGUACUGCUGCCACAAGAUCGACAAGAGAAUCCACGAGCUCCUGAGCAAGCGCAGCCGCAAGCGUGCGGAGGAGAGCCGAAAGGCCGGCCUGCUGGAGAUUGAGCAGAAC